UUGACAGUGACAGUCAAUUUUUUAGAGUUAGAGUUCUGUUCUGUGUGUUCUGCAAAUCAAUAAAAGAAUUUAGCUAAUUUUACAAAACAUAGAAAUAUUUAAAAGUUAAAAACAAUAUCAUGGGUUCAGAGCAGUCCAUGCCUCCGAAAAAACAGCCCCAACGUGCUCCGCCAGUACGUAGAGGGCAUACGAUAGCAACUUCUAAUUUUUCAGAAGCAAGGAGAAAUGAAGCUACCACCAGCGGUAAUAACUCUCCAGGCGCAAGCAUGUGUUCAGACUCUGAGCUGCCUUACAUAUCCUAUACAGUGGACAGACCUAUAGGAGAUUCACCAAAAGCCUCUGGUAAAAAUCAGAGAUCUGCAGACAAUAAGAAAUCUCUACUGCAGCGGAGACAGCUCAGUCUUCAGGCCAGGAAGAACAAGAGGGCUCGAGAUAUAGUGGUUGUUAAACCUGCUACAGAUACCCAGCUAGAUGAGGACAUCAGGAGGUUACAGGAAAUACCUACAUUUUUGCCAAUAAUGAGAGGUACACUUGGUUUACCUGGCGCACGGGAUCCUGAGGUUUUAGAAGGUCUAGACUACAGACCGUGGGUGCGUAUGGCGACAAGGGUGCAAGCACACUUAGCCGCCUGCGCUCACCCCCUCGCCGCUGAAGAGAGUAGCCUCGCUAAUAAAAUUAAAGAGGCAGACACUGAAGUCUCCCGUCUCUAUUCAAUAGCAGUGGAGAAACAGAGAAACAACGCUCGUCACGCGGAGAGACUUUCUCGAGUCAGAGAGGUGGCUCACCAGUUGUCCAGAUGUAAUUCCUUAUUAAAUCAGACCCUUCAAGAUAUAGAAGAGUUGAACCAACUGUUACCAGAGAACAAACGUUUAGAACCUUUUGUAUGGGACGAACAGAAAGGUUCAUAGAAUAAUUGUAUCAAUCGCUCAUUUAGCUCGUAAUAGAUAAAAAUUUUCAAACGAAUAUUAAUGUUUAAUCAAAUAUUGUGUAUUACAUUGAUAGUCUGAUUUGAGUUCGCCGGUCUUCCAUACAAAUCGUUUUUAUUCGCCCUUUUUUUUCUUAUGUCACCAAAGAGUAUUUUAGAACCGACAAAGGUUCUUUUAUAAUCCAAGUCUCCAGGGAAAUCUCAGACCGAUCAGCGGGUCUUUGAUUUCCUUAAAUUCGGUAUAUUUUUGUAUAAGAAUAAUUGACAUUGUAGACUGCGACGGAGUCAAAAACAUUGGGCGUUACAAAUAAGCCUUGGAAUUUGCUACCAGAUAAUAAUCGGCAAACUUAUUUCGUUGUAGUCCGAUUAAUUGUUAGCAAAAUAGUAGGCUAUAAUACCAACCUACAACUAACUUGGCAUGGAUCUAUUUAGAGGAUUACCUACUGACUGGCACAUGGAGGGAUUUGUUGAAUCUUUAGAACUACCGACUGGUUAUGGUGAAGUUCCAAAAGCCCGCAGAUUACUCAUAAAUCGCAAAGUGUCCAAUGACGGUUUAGCCUUUGGAAUGUUUCAUAAAGCCUUAAUAUUGUCAGUUGUAUGCACCAAGCAAAAUUAAGUGUACCUAUCAAAGCAACGUCUAUGAGAACUUUUUGUUAUUUAGAUUUGCUUGUUUGACCAACAUUAGUGUUAACAGUAUCAUCUUAAUUGAAUUAAGUCUGCUCAAAUGCUGCUCAUAAUAUGUACCAACGUCAUCAUUAUGAUAUAAUGCACGCAUUAAUUAGUCAAAUAAUCCGCUAAUCGUAAAAUCUCACCCUCGUUAGCUUAUUAAAAUAUUGUAAAAACUAAAA